AGGCUCGGAGCGGCCGCUGACUGGCUGCGUGGGGAGCCGGUGUGGGCGAAGCGGAGGACUCUCCUAUAAAACCCGGGAUCCCACGGACAGGCGCGCUCGUCUCUCCCAGACAAGAGUCGCGUUUCCCUGCCUAACAGCUGCUUCGUCCCCCCGCCACAGUUCGGAAAGGAACCGAGAAUCCCUCCACAGCUUCCACAGAAAAGAGAGCUCCGUAUAUGGUUGUGACUGACGCUCCAGCAAGGAUGUCCCGGACCGACGAGGUGCACCGCAUUACGGAGAAUGUCUACAAGAACAUCAUGGAGCAGUUCAACCCGUGCCUACGCAACUUCAUAGCCAUGGCGAAGAGCUACGAGAAGGCGCUCACCAGUGUCACAUUUGCUGCAAAGGGCUACUUCGACGCUCUGGUGCGGAUGGGCGAGAUGGCCAGCGAAAGUCAAGGCUCUAAGGAUCUUGAAGAGGCAGCAUGGGAUGUGCUCUUUCAGAUGGCUGAAGUGCACAGACAGAUCCAGAUCCAGCUUGAGGAGAUGUUGAAGUCUUUCCACAACGAGCUCCUCACAGAGCUGGAGAAGAAGGUGGAGCUGGACGCGCGCUACCUGAACGCGGCACUGAAGAAGUACCAGAUGGAGCACAAGAGCAAAGGGGAGAGUCUGGAGAAAUGCCAGGCGGAGCUGAAGAAGCUGCGCAGGAAGAGCCAGGGCAGCAAGCACCCCUCCAAGUAUGGAGAUAAGGAGAUGCAGUUUGUGGAGGCCAUCAGCAACAAGCAGAGCGAGCUGGACAACUACAUCGCCGAGGGCUACAAGAACGCCCUAUCUGAGGAGCGGAGGAGGUACUGCUUCCUGGUGGACCGUCAGUGCGCUGUGGCCAAGAACAGCAGUGCCUACCACAACAAGGGUAAGGAGCUUUUGUCCCAGAAGAUCCCCGUGUGGCAGCAGGUGUGCGCCGAACCAACCAAGCUGCCGGAUCGGGCCAUGUUCCUGGCGCAGCAGAUGAGCGGCGCGGCGGGCGGCAUGCCUCCCGGCGCCCUCCACCCCGGCAUCUCCGAGCCCAUCUCUGGCGCCAAACCUCUGCCCAUGCCUCCAGAGCUGGCAGCCCUGCGGGCCGGCGCCGCCAUGGGCCAGCAGCGGCUGAUGGACGGAGCGAUGCCGGCGAUGAACGGAGCAGCGGGUGGAGAGGACUACCAGCAGUGGAUGGAGAGCAAGGUGGGGCAGGGCAAAGCCUCCCCGCAGCCUCAACGGCACGGAGCGGAGGUCUACUCCAACACCUUGCCUGUGCGCAAGGCCGCCCCCACAAAGAGCAAGACCCCACAAUUGGAGACUCGCACGCUGCCCCGCUCCAGCUCCAUGGCUGCAGGUCUGGAAAGGAACGGCAGAACUCGAGUCCAGGCCGUUUUCUCCCACGCCGCCGGAGACAACAGCACGCUGCUGAGCUUCGCCGAGGGCGACGUCAUCACCCUGCUGGUGCCCGAGGCGCGAGACGGCUGGCACUACGGCGAGAACGAGAAGACGAGGAUGCGGGGCUGGUUUCCCUUCUCCUACACCCGGCUGGUCUCCGAGAGCAACGGCGACACCAUGAGGCAGCUUCGAGUUCACAACCUCCACCAUGGGAAAAGCAGCAGCACAGGGAACCUUCUGGAGAGAGAGGACAUGCCUCUGCCCAGCCCCGAUUACGGCACUCGCACUCGAAUGUCUGCACAAAGCACCGCCACGCUGCACAGGCAACAGCGUCCCUACAGCGUCGCGGUGCCAGGCUUCCCGCAGGGAGUUGAAGAGUACGAGCCCCGCUUCCCCACCAGGAGAGGGCCGCCCAGCGAGCCGACUGUGGAGGCUCCAGCUAAACCCCUGCUUCCUGAUGAAGAUGAAGCUGAGGAGGAGCAUCUUGAUGAAGCUCACUACGACUCCUUGGAAACCUCGACGGCCACAGAGAGCCCCUGAGCUGCAGCAUUACAUUAGCAGAAAAAAACAGAGCUGAGAUGAUGUGACGUAAACAGAUGCUCGACAACCCAGACAAACUUUUGACUCCUUCUGUUUGUAGAUACUUUAGGUACAAAUGGACACGAACAAUGUUUUAUAGUCGGACUAAAAUUUGAGUUUUGUAUAUACUUGUUUGUAGAUGUAGCCAGUUAUUUAGAACCAAAAAGGGCUUUAAUGGCAUUUUCAAGGUGUUUAACCUUUUCGCCCUUGCUUUCUUACUGCCUUCAUCCAGAACAACAGCGCCAUCUGUUGUUGCUGCUGAAGCACUGCCACUUCCUGAACCACUAAGAGAGCAAACCGAUUAUUUAAACAAACUGUUGCAAAAGUCUGUGAAACACUGUUAAGUGAGUAAAACGUCUUCAGCUCAGAAAACACAAAAUCUUAUGGUUAGAUAUUUAUGUUUAGAUAUUCUGAUCUGGUUUCUGAAAGCUUUGAGCUGAUAAUUAGCAAUGUUCAAAUGAUUUGUUUCCAGUCUUUCUGCCCAAACGGCCAUUUCUUAUUUACGAUUGAAACGAGAUUUUUACAGCGACUAUUACAAAAAAAAAAAAAAA